AUGGUGUUGAAACCGGUAGUGUUGGCGCGCGCCUCGUCCGUGCUGUAUCGCGCCACCCGCCGCCGCGCCUACUUCAGGAGCGUGACGGUGGUGGUGCCCGCCCACUGGUCGCCAACCCGAUGCCCACGCCCGCUCAACGCCACCGCCGUGCCUACCACGCCACCCGCUAUCACGGUAACGCGCCCUCACCCAGUCUACGCCCACACACCUUGGACCCUGCAGGUAGGCGGGUGUGGGCGGCCUGGUAGGAGCAUAUACCUGACGCCUCAGUACCUGGCCGACAGGAACUUCUCUGACACUCUUGGUGACCCAGGUCGUGUGUUGGUACAGGAGUGGGCCAAGUACAGGUGGGGCGUGUUUGAAGAGUACGGCCACCCAGACGACCCUCUCUACCCUGCCUUCCACCGCACUGCCACCCACGCCCACACGCCCACCGGUUGCUCCAACAUCCCCGUACAUGGCUCGACGUCCGCAUGUGACGAUUACCGGGAGUCGUCAUGCCGCUUUACCCCCAGCGCAGGUAACAACGAUGGCGUGACGUCAUCUCUCAUGUACCUUCAUCACCUGCCUCACGUGACCCAGUUCUGUGACGCCGCCACCCAUAGGUCCUCCCCUCCCACCAAGCACAACGCCCUCUGUACCCACCGAUCUGUGUGGGACGUCCUCCUACAGCACCCGGACUUCUCUAACAACAGCAACCUCGGGGGAGAGGCAACGAGGGACGUGACCCCCACCCUGACCUUCGUGCGUCCUGCCCCCACACGUUAUGUCAUCGUCGUCGAGGACACCACCAUCAUGAACGUUCAGAAACGUUGGGAGUAUCUACGCAAGGCAGUCCGGAAGCUACUGGUGUAUGACGUGCCAGCCGGGAGUGAGGUGGGCGUGGUGUUGUUCGAUCAGACCUCCUACGUCAAGCUGCCCCUCACGCCCACCCCUUCCACCUUGGACGAACGACAGCGCUUGGCCACAGCUUCCAUGCCCCGUAACCCCUCUACCAUCCCCCAGAGCCAGAAGUGCAUCAUAUGUGGACUCGAGCAAGCUGUCAGGAUGCUGGAGAAUGGAGGCUGGGGAGCUGCAGGCGGGGUCAUCCUGCUGGUCACAUCUGGCUCACCUCUUCCCCUCACACCCUACGACGUCAAGCAGAUGGGGGCGGCGGUGACGGAGAGAGGGGUCAAGGUGGUGCCCAUCAUCUACCCUGUCACUGACCGUAACCCCAAACCUACUUCAGGUGUGGAGAAGCUCGCCCAGCUCUCAGGAACACAGUCGUUCGCCGUGCUGGACGAAGGGAUCGGCAGUGACAGCAAAGUAUCCAUGAUGGUGUGUCUGAUGGACGCUCUCUACGCCGCUCUGAGACUCUUCAUCCCCGACGCUGAGCAACUUCCCCUCCUCGUCCAUAAAAAGGAGUUCCCGGGCGGCAUCAUGAGCAUCUCUCAGGGCACCUUCAACAUUGACGAGUCCCUGGGAGGAGAGGUCAGGUUCGCCCUGACCUACUACGCCCUGGGUCACGUGGGCAAUAUGGUGAACCUCAUCAACCCUCACGGCCUAAUGUUAGAGACACUGCACAUCCAGGAGGAGGAUGGAGACGUCAACAGCAUCUUUGUCACCGUCAGGAAUGCCAUG